AUGUCAGGUAAUUGGCAGCCACAGAUUCCGAUCCAGGAAAUCAAGGCUGGACCGAUUGAGAAUGGUCCAGAUGGCGUUGUUGGAUCGGAUAAAGUGAGUAAUGAAGGGGAGAGGAAGAAGAUUGUUGUGGUGGGGUUGGGGAUGGUGGGGAUUAGUUUUAUUGAGAAAUUGAUGAAGCUGGACGCGAAGAGACGAGAAUGGGAUAUCAUAGUUAUUGGAGAGGAAUCACAUCUUGCGUACAAUCGUGUGGGAUUGACGAGUUUCUUCGCACAUCGAAAAGUCGAGAAUCUAUAUCUCAAUCCUAAAGAAUGGUACUCAAAUUGCCCCGAAGGAUCCUUAAACUACCAUUUGAACACCAAAGUAACCGAAAUCCACCUCAACGAGAAGCUCGUCUCCUGCUCAUCCGGGGAAACCGUUCCUUAUGACGUUCUUGUCAUUGCUACCGGCUCCGAUGCGCUUCUUCCACGGCAUACGCCUGGCCACGAUGCAAAGGGUGUAUUCGUAUACCGAACGAUCGAAGAUCUAGAAAAGCUUAUAGAGUUUGGGGCAAAGAAUAAGGGGACGGUUGGUGCGGUAGUUGGUGGAGGUCUUCUUGGACUCGAAGCUGCGAACGCCAUGAUGGAUUUGGAGAAUUAUGAAAAAGUCAAACUGAUUGAAAGAAAUCGAUGGGUGUUAAGUCGACAGUUAGACUCAGAUGCUGGCGGGCUUGUCGUUGAACAAGUGAGAGAAUUGGGACUGGAUGUCUUGUUAGGCAAGCGAGUUGGCAAGAUUGAGGUCACCGAGGAUAAUUAUGUGAAGGGUGUUGUUUUUGAGGAUGGGGAGAGAAUGGACUGCUCGACGAUCUGCUUUGCGAUCGGUAUCAAGGCUCGCGAUGAGCUGGCCAGGAAAGCGGGUAUCAAAUGCGCCGAUCGUGGAGGUGGUAUCGUGGUUGAUGGAGAGUUGAAGACUAGCGCACCAGAUGUUUAUGCAAUUGGAGAGUGCGCAAGCUGGGAGAACCAGACUUUUGGUCUUAUCGCUCCGGGCAUUGAAAUGGCGGACGUCCUCUCAUUCAACCUUACUCAAGCCAAAGAUCAUGCAUAUCGAUCAUUCAAGCGACCAGAUCUCAGUACCAAAUUAAAGCUUUUAGGUGUUGAAGUUGCGAGUUUUGGAGAUUUCUUCGCGGAUCGAGAUGGACCAAAACACCUCCCACUUCGAGCAGCCAAGAAAAAGGAAGGAAGUCCUGAUGCUCUGCGAAAACUCACCAACGGUACUCCACCACCGCCAGUCAAGGCUUUGACAUACAAAGAUCCAUUCCAGAAUGUCUACAAGAAAUACCUGUUCUCACUGGAUGGGAAAUACCUUCUUGGUGGUAUGAUGAUUGGAGAUACCAAGGACUACGUGAAACUGGUUCCAAUGGUAAAGAACCAGAAGAUGCUUGAUGUCCCACCCAGUCAAUUCAUCCUUGGAGCGAGCAAAGAAGGAGACGAGGGUGGAGAUGACCUUGACGACGAUACACAGAUUUGCUCUUGCCACAACGUCACGAAAGGCGAUGUCUGCUCGGUUGUCAAGGACGGAAGCUGUAAGAGCAUUGGUGAUGUUAAGUCCUGUACCAAAGCCGGAACUGGAUGUGGAGGUUGUAUGCCCCUGGUCACCAGCAUUUUCAACAGCCAGAUGAAAGCUAUGGGCAACGAAGUCAAGAACCACAUUUGCCCUCAUUUCAACUAUUCUCGAGCUGAUUUGUACAACAUCAUCUCCGUCAAGCAACUCAAGACUUUACAAGAAGUUAUGAAAGAAGCUGGAAAUGACCCAGAGAGUCAGGGUUGUGAGGCUUGCAAACCUAGCAUUGGGUCUAUUUUCUCAUCACUUUACAACAAGCAUGUGAUGGCUAAGCCAUUGAUGGGUCUGCAAGAAACUAAUGAUAGAUUUUUGGGUAACAUCCAGAGAAACGGUACUUACUCCGUGGUUCCACGAGUUAGUGCUGGUGAAAUCACGCCCGAAAAGCUGAUUGUUAUCGGAAAUGUGGCAAAGAAAUACAACCUCUACACGAAGAUCACUGGAGGUCAGAGAAUCGACAUGUUCGGUGCAAAGAAGCAAGAUCUUCUGGCUAUCUGGAAAGAGUUGGUGGAAGGUGGUAUGGAGUCUGGACACGCAUACGCGAAGUCAUUGCGAACAGUUAAAAGCUGUGUGGGUACUACCUGGUGUCGAUAUGGUAUCGGAGACAGUGUGGGUAUGGCUGUGCGACUUGAAGAGAGAUACAAGAGUAUUCGAAGUCCGCAUAAAAUGAAGGGUGGUGUCAGUGGUUGUGUCAGAGAAUGUGCAGAGGCGCAGAAUAAGGAUUUCGGUCUCAUCGCAACAGAAAAAGGAUUCAACCUCUUCGUCGGUGGUAAUGGAGGAGCAUCUCCGAAACACAGCGAACUUCUCGCCAAAGACGUACCCCCAGAUGAUAUCAUCCCCAUCAUAGAUCGCUACCUAAUGUUCUACAUCCGCACCGCCGACAAACUUCAACGUACCGCUCGCUGGCUUGAAGCCCUUCCAGGUGGAAUCAAGUACCUACGCGAAGUCAUUCUCGAAGACAAGCUCGGUAUCUGCGCCUCUUUAGAAGCACAAAUGGAAGAGCUCGUCGGUACCUUCUUCGACGAAUGGGCUGAAGCGAUCAACAACCCUGAAAUCGCAAAGAAAUUCCAACAAUUCGAUAACACCAAAGACUCUCUCGAAACCAUGGAUACUGAAGAAGAUCGUGGACAAACCAGACCCGUUUACUGGGCCAACGAAAGCGCCAAAGUCGAUUUCCGCAACACCAAAUGGACGAGUCUCACCUGGCAACCCAUGAUCGAAGCCUCCCACUUCGUCGGCGCAGACGACACGCCCAACGGCAUCUCCGCCAACGUCAAGCGCGGCGACACUCAACUCGCGAUCUUCAAGGUCCGCGGCAAAUACCUCGCCUCGCAGCAAAUGUGUCCUCACAAACGCGCCUUCGUCCUCUCCGACGGCCUCAUCGGCGACUCCAAAGAUAAACUCUGGGUCUCCUGUCCGUUCCACAAGCGGAAUUUCGAACUCAAUGGCGAACAAGCUGGACGAUGUCAGAAUGAUGAGGAGGUCAGCAUUGCGACGUUCCCUGUGGAGGAGAGGGAUGAUGGGAUGGUUUAUUUGAAGUUGCCGCCUGUGCAUGAGCUUGAUGGGGUACUAGGGACUAAGAAGUGGAGUGUGAAGAAGGGUGAGAGUGGCGCUUCGCCGUUCGAGAAGUUGGAUAGGAAGAUUGGGGUUAAUGGGACGAGGAUGAAGGGGAGGAAGCCGUUGGAGGCGAAGAGACAGUUGCAUGCUGGGGCUGUUAAGGCGGGGGGUGGGGAUGGGGUUGAUAUUGAUUGGUAG